UAUUUAACACGAUUUCUGAUUAAUGACUAGCCAUAAACAUAGCGAUAGUUUAACAGUAAUCUACAGGUUCUUUCUAUACAAUAAAUAUUUCAUUUUUAAAUCCACUAAACAGUGCAGGAAAUUAAUAAAAAGUGCUCGAGCCGGGACAGAGCAGACGUUAUCAUGACGGAACGUGUUGCCGUCGUCACGGGCUCCAAUAAAGGCAUCGGUUUCUCCAUAGUUAAGGGUCUCUGUCAAAGGUUUAAAGGAGUAGUCUACCUCACCUCUAGAGAUGUCAAACGAGGAGAGCAAGCAGUCUCACAACUUAACAAACUAAACCUCCAUCCCCUCUACCAUCAACUCGAUGUAGCUGAUCGUGACAGCGUCCUGCGAUUCAGCGAGUAUCUUCAAAAAAAGCACGGAGGUGUCGAUAUUCUCAUCAACAACGCUGCUGUCGCCAAUAGCAGAGAUCUAUACAACAGUUACGAAGAAAACAAAUACAUCGUAGACAUCAACUAUAAGAGUAUAUUAACGAUUCAAGAACUAAUAUUUCCAUUGGUAAGAAAUAACGGUCGCAUUAUAAACAUAUCGAGCGACUGUGGCCACAUAUCUAAUGUAAAAAAUGAGUUUUGGUUAAAAACGUUGUCUAAAAAGGAUUUAACCUUAAAAGAAAUCAAUGAAUUUGUAGAUUGGUUCCUGGAUUCGUGUAAGAAUAAUACUUUUAAAAAGGAUGACUUCGCUGAUAAUGGUACGGUGGUCGCUUAUAGAGUGGCUAAGGUGGCGUUGAGCGCUCUAACUAUGCUCCAACAGAAAGAGCUGGAUGGCAGAAAUAUUAGUGUGAAUUCAAUGCACCCAGGCCUGGUUCGCACGGAUAUGACUUUAGGCGUUGGGUUCUACAAUGCCGAUGAAGCGGCCGAAACACCUCUUUACCUUGCUUUGGAAGCCCCACAAAGUCUGAAGGGUGCUUAUGUGUGGUAUGACAGGAAGGUUCUUGACUGGUACGAUCAUGGAGCUGAUUAUUAUUUUAAGACAUCCACGCUUCGGGCUUGAUCGCAACGUGAGUAAUACGCGGCACUAGCACGCCCAUUGUUUUAAUAAAUAAAAUGCUUAAUAACUUGU